AAAGAUACAGAAAGGGAAGAAGAAAGCUGUGCUUGUUUCUGAAUUACCUUCAGGGUAAUGAAGGACAUCAUGGAGGAAGCCAUGGAGAGAAACCUCAUCCACUAUAUGAGCUUGAUGGAUAUGAGCAGCCCCAGGCCCUCCACCACUAAUAUUAGUAGUAAUACAACAAGGUUCUUGUUCAAUCUUAAUGCAGGUGGGUCCCAGGGUCGAGAGGAAGUGUUGCACCCGGAUGAAAGGACAAUGUUUAUGACGUUCUCAAAGGGCUACCCAGUUACUGAAAUGGAGAUCAAAGAAUUCUUUACAUGGAUCUAUGGGGAUUGCAUUGAGUCUCUAUACAUGCAAGAAGUGCUUCCUGGAGAACAAUCUUUGUUUGCAAGAAUUGUGUUUUAUUUGCCUGUUGCUAUUGAUAUGAUCCUAAAUGGUGCAGACAAGGCUAAGUUCACCAUCAAUGGCAAGCAUAUGUGGAUUCGCAAGUUUGUGUCCAAACGUCAUAUGUACUAUUCUUCUUCUUUUUCAUCAUACUUCAUCGAUACAACUUCAGUGCCAUCGGGUAUCAACAUAGCUCCUUACAACAGACGCCUAUUCUCUCGGUUCAUUUAGGCUUGCGUUAUCAUUUUCACUUUUUUAUUUUCAAUUACUAGUCCCCAACCACACACAUUUAAUGGUUUCAGCAUGAUGAGGAUUGUAUUAAUCUAGACAAAGACACCCUUUAUUUGUUAAUCCUUUAAUAUUGAUUGUAUCAAUAAGUUUAUUU